AUGGCGCUGGGCCCUCACUCGACAGUUCGCGUCGCUCUCGUUCCUACAGGUAGUCUCUAUCUGCCCGACAAAUGGAUAUUGGCUGGUGCGUCUCUGGAGACCAAGACACUGUACCCCGACUAUAGUUUCUAUGUCUAUCACGAACAAUCUGGUCGCUCUUUGAUGUUUGACCUCGGGAUUAGAAAGGACCUCGACGCCUAUCCGAAAGUCAUACGUGGCGAGUUCCCUGUGGUCACGCCACAAGUACCAUUCAGUGCCGCUGAGUUACUUGCACAGGGAGGCGUCGACGCGGGGAGCAUAGAUUUUGUGGUGCUAAGCCAUCUCCAUUUCGACCAUAUCGGAGAUCCAUACGAGUUUCCUCACUGCCAAGUUGUGGUUGGCCCCGGGUCCACUGAAGCCUCAUCGCCGGGCUACCCUACGGAUCCGAACUCGCCUUAUCUCGGAUCUAUAAUCCAGCACCCUGAACUACGGGAGCUCUCGCGGUCCAAGGAUCCAUGGAUCCCGUUUGGCCCUUUCGAACGGGCCUUCGACUUCUUCAACGACGGCAGCUUCUUGCUCCUCGAUGCGCCCGGUCACAUGCCCGGCCACCUGAUCGGGGUGGCGCGGACGGGCGAAGACGAGUACGUUCUAAUGGGCGGGGAUUGUUGCCACCAUCGAAAAAUCUUUACCGGUGAGGCGCAGGUCGCAGAGGGAUAUGGCCCGGGAGGUGCCUCGUCGAUGCAUAAGGACUUGGGGGAGGCAAAAUCUACGAUUACCAAAGUGCAUGAACUGAGCCAAAGAGAGGAUGUCAUGGUUUGUUUGGCGCAUGACAGCUACCUCGAACCGGCGUUGAAGGUGUUCCCCGCUUUCCUGAAUGGCUGGAGGAAAAGCCAGGCAAAGCAGAGUAUUGAAGAAUAUCUGUCCAAAGCAGUCCUUGAUGUUCGGAGGAUGUAG